AUGGACCAAAUCUUUCGCAUUCGCGUGGACAAGCACGGGUAUAUCGCUAUCUUAAGUACUACAAGUAGUAUUUGCGUACUGCAGCCUCCGGGCAGCUCUCUCUUCCUCCCCCUGACCAGCUCGACAAACAACAAGUACUCACACCUACACACACAUGAAGACUUUGUGGCAAAAACUGGAAACAAGGGAGGACGGGCCUCCCAAAAACAGGUCGACGAUGCGCAGAAGCGUCCCCGGAUAAUCCGAAAUGCAACCGCCCCCAUCCACCUGCCGCACCCCUCAUGGAUUGAGGGAUAUUGUGUCUACCAUGCUCCUAAGCGGCUUUGGGUGGGCUUCGCCUGCAGCAUUAUUACCCAUCCCGAAAAUCAGACCCUUGCCACCAUCAAGAACAACAGAAUGACGGCCAUGUGA